AUGCAUGCUUCACUUGAAAAUUAUAUUUUCUGCAUAUUCUAUUUCGAGUUUUCUAUGUCAUUGAAGACAAUGUCAUUUUUAAGUUGGGGGGUGAAGUAUUCAUUAUUAAUUUAUGUUGUAGGACGAUUAAGAACAUGUGUUUGCAUUUUAUUCAACUUAGAACAGCAACUAAAAAUAUAAAAAUAAAAUAAAAUUCGGAAAAAUUACAACAUCUAUUUUCUGGUUUUCUGUCAAAAACAGCAAACUGUCAAAAACAGCAGACAAAAAACAGCCCGAAAUUUGAAAUUCUAGAAGACCCUUGAUAAGUCUUCAUUAUCAUGAGUUAAUAAUUAGUAAAUAAUAUAGUUUUAGCCUUAACUCAUGAUAAAUAGACUUAUAUUUGUGUUAAAGCAUUAAAAGUGGUUUUCAGUUGAUUAACGUGAAUUUUUGGGUAAUUAUGUGAUUUUAUACGAUUUUUACAGUCUUAGUUUUGAGAUAAAUGAAGAACAAGAAAUAAAAAUAAAAAUAUUGCAAAAUGGGGGGAUUCGCCGGCCAGCCGGGCCCGCAAGCGGGUCGGAAGCGCAGUCGGGGAGUAGCCGCGAGCAGGGGCUCGAACGGCUUGCUUGGAUCGAUAGGGGCACGUGUGCGCCACUCCCCUUCCACGUCACCGAUGGUCAGCCGGCUGUGGGGCAAGGAGUGGUCGUACACGCGAGAGGAUUUUGCCUAUAAAGCUAACUUUACUAUAUAUUCGCCCAAAUAAUCCGCGAACAACCGAUGUGGGACUAAACCCGCGUCACACCUUGUUCAGGGGCGGGCGACCGCCGCGGGUUCGAAUCCUCCCAGAGUCAAAAUUCAUAUAUUUUUAACUGAUUAUCGCGACUUUCCUGCAGAUCGCCGGUGAAGGAUUAAGCAACCGGAAUCGCUGGAUCAUCGGCGAAAAUCUCGUCAACGCGAUUCGCGGAGCAUUGCUACUAAAAUUUCUAAACGAUUCGCGAUAAAAGGAUCGCAAUCCAUCGAGAAAAUCAUCUCCGAUUGAUCGACGAACAAGCCGUCGUCGGGAAGAGGACGAUCCGCCGGGAGACCAGUCGCCACCUCCUGAGAGCGUACCAGAUGCGAUGAAGAGCCUCCUCUUGCUGCGCGGACCUGAGGAUGAAGCUCCCUAACACGCGCCUCACCUUCAUCCAGCCCCUCUCCGUCGGGUGACAGCCGCCGGAGAGCCGCAAAGUCGCCAUUUUUCCGCUCCGCCGGGUGACAGCCGCCGGAGACGAUUCGACGACCCACUUCAUUGGUCUCUAGACUUCGCGAGAAGAUCUAGAGAUUGCCCACGUCGUCUUUGUCCAAGGAGAGCCUUCGAGGCCGUGGACACUGCACGACGACCCUCCCGAACGCUCAGGGAUUCCGGUGCAUCGCCGACGCGUCGCCGUCGCGACGCCAGAACUCUGUUUUCCUGCUUUAUCUAGAGAUUGCCCACGUCGUCUUUGUCCAAGGAGAGCCUUCGAGGCCGUGGACACUGCACGACGAUCCUCCCGAACGCUCAGGAUUCCGGUGCAUCGCCGACGCAUCGCCGUCGCAACGCCGGAACUCUGUUUUCCUGCUUUCAAUUUAAUUUACGCUUCAUUUAGUGAUACUUUGUUGAUUUUUAUUUACCAAACUAUACUUCGUUCAAUUACGAUUCUUCCGGCUUUUACAGAUCUUAAUUUGAUUAAUUGAGUCGUCUGUAAUCGCCUACGUAAGAAUCGCCGGGCGGAACUCUGUUUCCGCCUGAUUCGCGUUCGCCGGGUGCUGACGUCAUCCUGACGUCCGCACCCUUAUUUCUUUUUUUUUCGUGAAUUUUAAAUAUAUUUCCUUUUUAUUUCCUAGUAUAAAAUUCGUAAGAAAAUCGUACUCAUUGAGAAAAAUUCUGAAUAAUUACCAGAUAUUAUAUUACAUCCCUGUGAUCGACCUGGAAAAUUACCGCUAUUUUUGGAAUUUUUAUUGAAUUAUAAUUGAUAUAUUUAUUUAGAAAUACUUCUAAAUAUCCGAAAAUUCGUAUUUUCUAGUUUUAUAAAUUUUAUAUUUGCGUGAUUUAACAUACAACGACUGAGUCACGUCAAAUUUUGGCGCCGUUGCCGGGGAUGUAUUGCAUAAUAUUUAGUAUUUUUCUGUUUUUCUCUUAGAGUACACAAAAAAAAAAACUUUACUCUUGUUUUAUUUUCUUUUUGCUGAUUUUUAUUAGAAAAAGGGAACGAAAAGAAGCACGGCAAGGACUGGAGCAUCCUGAAGGAGGGUAACAGUUACUAACUUUUUCCCUCGAAUUUAUUGAUUUUUAUGCAUGGUAGAAGAUCCUUGCAUCCAAGGCUAGAAAAUCCUUUCAUUAUUUCAUUCAAAAAUAAAAAUCCAAAAGAAAAAUUAAUUUUGAUGGAUCCUGAAGGAAGUACAGGUCAAACUGAGAACAAUCCUAUGGCCAUGAAAAAUCAUUAUAUCCCUGAUUCAUUUCAAAGAGCAUCUAAUAUUAGAGUCCCAUUAGCACCCACUGUUAAAUUCGAAAUAAAUCCAGGAAUUUUUCAAAUGCUCCCUAAUUUUCAUGGAUUGCCUUUAGAGGAACCUCAUCAGCACUUAGAAAAAUUUCAUAUGGUCUGUGAUUUAGUUAAUCUCCCUCAAGUUACACCGGAAAUUAUUAAGAUGAAAUUAUUCCCUCAUACACUUAGGGACAAAGCUAGUCAUUGGCUAUCCACAUUAGAUAGAGAAUUAACUAGCUGGAAAGAUAUAGAACAGGCCUUUCUUCGAAAAUUUUAUCCUUUAGGAAAAACUCAAAAUAUGAGAAAACAUAUAUGGAGUUUUUCUCAAAGACCAGGAGAAACUUUGCAUCAGACAUGGGAAAAAUUCAAAGAUUUACUUAGAAAGUGUCCUCAUCAUGCUAUACCCAAGUGGCAGCUCAAUAGAAUUUUUUAUGAUGGAUUAUUAGAACAACAUAGAAAUAUGGUUGAUUCUAUAUGUGGAGGAGCUUUUAUGGAGAAAACUCCUGAUGAGAUUUACAGUCUUUAUGAGAAUUUAAGUGAAAAUUCUAGAGAUCAAGCCUCUUUUGAAUUAUAUGACAAGGAAAUGAAGAGAGAAAUUUAUGAAUUGCAUCAUGAUGAUGAUUCUAAACUUAGAAAUGAGGUUAAUCAGAUUAAUCAAAGAUUAGAAAAAAUUGAUUUACUUAUUGAUAAUAUUAGAAAGCCUUUUAACCCUCAACUUAAUUCGAAUAGUACAUGUCCUAUGUAUGGUGAAAAUGAUUAUUCUGAACUUCAAUGUUAUAAUUUAGAUCAAUCAUUUCACCCUAUGCAAGAACAAGUGCAAGUAGCUCACGGUUUUAAUAGAAAUAGGGAAAAUUUUUCAAAUUCUUAUAAUCCUAAUUGGAGGAAUAAUUUUUCAUGGAGAGACCCAAAUAAUAUUCAAAAUCCAGAAGCACUUAGACCCAAUUCAAACUCUGAAUUUCGUCCAAAACAAGAAAAUAGAUUUCAGAAAAAUCAGCCCUCUCAAACCCAACCUGAUGCUAUGGAAAUGAUGCAGCAAAUGAGCCAAAUGAUGCAACAAACUAUGAAUCAAAUGAUGCAACAAACUAUGAAUCAAAUGAUGCUUCAUCAGAAACAAAUUAUAGAGGCUCUUGGGAAUAAGAGAGAAGAGGGACAGCUACCUAGUCAGCCCAUAGAAAAUUCAGAAAACUGUCCAACAGUAAGAUUUCAGCAAGAAGAGUCUAACUGGAUAAAUUUAGAAAAAAACCCACGAAAUGAAAAUGUUAGGACAGUGAAUACAUUGAGUGAGAAUAUUUUACCUGAUCCUUAUUUCCAAUUAUUAGAAGAAAUUGAUGAUCCAUUAGAAGUAAAUGAGGAUAUUAAGGGCAAAAAUAUAGUAGCAGAAAAUUUGAAUAAAAUCAUUUAUUGCUCACAAUUGAUGAAUGAAUAUAGUGAGGAUGAUGAGGAGAAAGAACCCUUAGAUGAAGAAACAGCGACUGAUCAUAGAAAAAUCAUCCAAAUUUCAGUAGAAGGGAGUAAGGACAGAAAUGAAGAAAAAUAUAUUUCAGGGGAGGAAAAAUCAAUUGAUUUGGGAGAUGUAGGAGACGAAAUUAAUGAAUCUAAUCAUAAUUUUGCAGCCAUGGAUGUUGAUUGUGAGGAUGAUGAUGUAUAUCAUAUACCAAAAUUAAAAGAUAGCUCUUGGGAAGAUGAAGAAUUUGAUGAGUUGAGAAACGAAAAGCUAGAAAAAGAAUUGAUUCAACUAAUGGGAACAAGCAAAAAUAAUAGAUGUGAAUAUAGAAAUAAUUUUGGAGGAGAAAAUUUGAAUUUUACUGAAUUCAUUAGAUCUGAGAUUAAAGAAGACAAUCCUUCCAUCCUUCAAAACCCACAGCCCAUUAGAAUUAUUUCUAAGCUUGAAAUAUUUCACUCCUCACAAAUUGAACAAAUAUGUAUGGAAGAUAAAAUGGAGCAGGGAAAGAUUAUGCAGAUAAAAGAAGACAUUAAGAAAUGGGUGAGUGGAAGAAUUAGAGAUACCAAUUUAGAUGAAAAAAUUUUAGAUUGGGCAAGAGCUAAUCUGAAAAUUAUACGGCCUGAUCACAUUUUAUGGUUUAUUAAUAGAAAGUAUUUAUUAAUGAAUGAGAGCCUAACAAAACAAGAUAGAAAUAAGGAAAGAUUCUUUUCAAAAUGGAAAUAUUAUUUUUGGGAAAAUUUUGUUAAUUUCCAUUUUGUUUUGGCUGAAAGUAUGUCAAGGUAUAUAUAUGAAGUAUAUGAAUUUAUGCUAAAUCUGAAAAAGAAUAUCAUAAAACUUACCUUGGGAUACAAAUAUAUUUUGAUGGCCAUAGAUCAGCUUAUAUGAUAUAAGAGCUGUCCAGCUGGAGACAUUAAAUUCAGCGCUGCAUGGGAGGCAACCCAUGGUUUUUAUUUCAUUUUGUUUGAUCUCUGUUUUUCUUAGAAUUUCGCAGUACUUGUUUCUGUGUUUGUUUUUCUUUCGAAAAAGUGCAGGAGGAGGAGUGUAAGAUGAAGUGGAAAAUUAAAAACGAGGUUGAGGUGAUGUCUUUCUGAGCUUCAUCAUUUAUGAAAAUAUUUUUAAUGCUUAACUUUGCAGAUAUGCAUGCUUCACUUGAAAAUUAUAUUUUCUGCAUAUUCUGUUUCGAGUUUUCUGUGUCAUUGAGGACAAUGUCAUUUUUAAGUUGGGGGGUGAAGUAUUCAUUAUUAAUUUAUGCUGUAGGACGAUUAAGAACAUGUGUUUGCAUUUUAUUCAACUUAGAACAGCAACUAAAAAAAAUAAAAAUAAAAUAAAAUUCGGAAAAACUGCAACAUCUAUUUUCUGGUUUUCUGUUAGGAACAACAGACUGUCAAAAACAGCAGAUGAAAAAACAACCCGAAAUUUGAAAUUCUAGAGACCCUUUUCUCACAUUUCAAUCCCGUAGACAUAUAUUACUGAAAUUCGAAAUUACAGCUAUAAAGAAGAUAGUUUUGAUUUAUUUUUGACAAAUUUAUUGCUGCUAAAAUAGAACUGAAAACAGAAAACAGAACUGUCAGAACUAUCUAAUUUACAAAUUCCUUACAUCAUAUUGCAUGCAUGAAAAAUUAAAUCAAUUAGAUUGAUUGAUACCAAAAGAUACUAGGAAGAUUAUUAUUGAGUCAAAAGAAUGAUCUGGUAGCAUGAAAUGUUGGAAUACUCCUUGGAUACAUGAUAGAUAACACGGAUUUGAUUUUACAGAUUUUCACUUCAUGAUCUUGAUGGAUAAUAUUUACUUGAUGUGAAAAUUUGAUUGAUCAUUUGAGUUUAAUGGAGAUUUUUGCACCCUGAUCUAUAGGACUUGUGAGGAGAAAUCACUUAUUUCAAAAAACAAAAAAGAAAAAAAAAAAAGAGAGAGCAAUGUGAAAAAUCUAGAAACGAAGAGUACACAUGGAGGGUGUGAGACAUCAUUCUCAUUGUCGAAAAUCGUGCAUAGAAAAACACUUGCUGAAAAAUAAGUGGAUAAAGUGAAAGCCCUGAAAAUGAAGAGUACACAUGGAGGGUGUGAGACAUCAUUCUUAUUGUCGAAAUUUGUCUACAGGAAAAGCUACUUAUCCACUAUUUAUAAAAAAAAAAAAAGAAGGAAGAAAUAUAGUGCAAACUUCAAAAAUUAAGUCAUAGAAAAAGGGAAAUGUAAGAUCAAUAUUAUUCUUGGAUGAGUAUUGAUAAUUGGAACAUCUUGUAAAUACAUCUAUGAGUGAAGAAGUGAUAAAGAUGUGAAUAGAAGAAGUGAAGUCUAGAUUGUUAUUCCAAGGAGUGUUUAAACAUUUAAGUGCUUGACAUCAUUCUUAAAUACUUGAUAUAAGAAUCCAAAGUGUUUAAAGGUGCAUCAUUUCUAAUUGUAUUUCUUUUCUGUAUUGAAAUAUGAUGUUUGAGAUUUGUAAAUUUUUAUUUUUGUAAUUCCAUUGCUAAGGGACUAGCAAUGAUUUAACUUGGGGGGUGUGAUAAGUCUUCAUUAUCAUGAGUUAAUAAUUAGUAAAUAAUAUAGUUUUAGCCUUAACUCAUGAUAAAUAGACUUAUAUUUGUGUUAAAGCAUGAAAAGUGGUUUUCAGUUGAUUAACGUUAAUUUUUGGGUAAUUAUGUGAUUUUAUACGAUUUUUACAGUCUUAGUUUUGAGAUAAAUGAAGAACAAGAAAUAAAAAUAAAAAUAUUGCAAAAUGGGGAACCCGCCGGCCAGCCGGGCCCGCAAGCGGGUCGGAAGCGCAGUCGGGGAGUAGCCGCGAGCAGGGGCUCGAGCGGCUUGCUUGGAUCGAUAGGGGCACGUGUGCGCCACUCCCCUUCCACGUCACCGGUGGCCAGCCGGCUGUGGGGCAAGGAGUGGUCGUACACGCGAGAGAAGAGACUUUGCCUUACAAAGCUAACAUUACUAUAUAUUCGCCCGAAAAAUCGGUGCACAACCGAUGUGGGACUAAACCCCCGUCACACCUUGUUCAGGGGCGGGCGACCGCCGCGGGUUCGAAUCCUCCCAGAGUCAAAAUUCAUAUAUUUUUAACUGAUUAUCGCGACUUUCCUGCAGAUCGCCGCUGAAGGAUUAAGCAACCAGAAUCGUUGGAUCAUCGGCGAAAAUCUCGUCAACGCAAUUCGCGGAGCAUUGCUACUAAAGUUGCUGAACGAUUCACGAUAAAAGGAUCGCGAAUCCAUCGAGUAAAUCAUCUCCGAUUGAUCGACGAACAAGCCGUCGUCGGGAAGAGGACGAUCCGUCGGGAGACAAGUCGCCACCUCCUGAGAGCGUACCAGAUGCGAUGAAGAGCCUCCUCUUGCUGCGCGGACCUGAGGAUGAAGCUCCCUAACACGCGCCUCACCUCCAUCCCGCCCCUCUCCGUCGGGUGACAGCCGCCGGAGAGCCGCAAAGUCGCCGUUUUUCCGCUCCGCCGGGUGACAGCCGCCGGAGACGAUUCGACGACCCACUUCAUUGGUCUCUAGACUUCGCGAGAAGAUCUAGAGAUUGCCCACGUCGUCUUUGUCCAAGGAGAGCCUUCGAGGCCGUAGACACUGCACGACGACCCUCCCGAACGCUCAGGAUUCCGGUGCAUCGCCGACGCGUCGCCGUCGCGACGCCGGAACUCUGUUUUCCUGCUUUAUCUAGAGACUGCCCACGUCGUCUUUGUCCAAGGAGAGCCUUCGAGGCCGUGGACACUGCACGACGAUCCUCCCGAACGCUCAGGAUUCCGGUGCAUCGCCGACGCAUCGCCGACGCAUCGCCGUCGCGACGCCGGAACUCUGUUUUCCUGCUUUCAAUUUAAUUUACGCUUCAUUUAGUGAUACUUUGUUGAUUUUUAUUUACCAAACUAUACUUCGUUCAACUACGAUUCUUCCGGCUUUUACAGAUCUUAAUUUGAUUAAUUGAGUCGUCUGUAAUCGCCUACGUAAGAAUCGCCGGGCGGAACUGUGUUUCCGCCUGAUUCGCGUUCGCCGGGCGCUGACGUCAUCCUGACGUCCGCACCCUUAUUUCCUUUUUUUUUCGUGAAUUUUAAAUAUAUUUCCUUUUUAUUUUCUAGUAUAAAAUUCGUAAGAAAAUCGUACUCAUUGAGAAAAAUUCUGAAUAAUUACCAGAUAUUAUAUUACAUCCCUGUGAUCGACCUAGAAAAUUACCGCUAUUUUUGGAAUUUUUAUUGAAUUAUAAUUGAUAUAUUUAUUUAGAAAUACUUCUAAAUAUCCGAAAAUUCGUAUUUUCUAGUUUUAUAAAUUUUAUAUUUGCGUGAUUUAACAUACAACGACUGAGUCACGUCAACCCUUUUCUCACAUUUCAAUCCCCUAGAUAUAUAUUACUGAAAUUCGAAAUUAAAACUAUAAAGAGGAUAGUUUUGAUUUAUUUUUGACAAAUUUAUUGUGGCUAAAAAUAAACUGAAAAAAGAAAAUAGAACUGUCAGAACUAUCUAAUUUACAAAUUCUUUACAUCAUAUUACAUGCAUGAAAAAUUAAAUCAAUUAGAUUGAUUGAUACCAAAAGAUACUAGGAAGAUUAUUAUUGAGUCAAAAGAAUGAUCUAGUAGUAUGAAAUGUUGGAAUACUCUUUGGAUACAUGAUAGAUAACAUGGAUUUGAUUUUACAAAUUUUCACUUCAUGAUCUUAAUGGAUAGUAUUUACUUGAUGUGAAAAUUUGAUUGAUCAUUUAAAUUUAAUGGAGAUUUUUGCACCCUGAUCUAUAGGAUUAAUGAGGAGAAAUCACUUAUUUCGAAAAAAAAAGAGAGAGCAAUGUGAAAAAUCUAGAAACGAAGAGUACACAUGGAGGGUGUGAGACAUCAUUCUCAUUGUCGAAAAUCGUGCAUAGAAAAACACUUGCAGAAAAAUAAGUGGAUAAAGUGAAAGCCCUGAAAAUGAAGAGUACACAUGGAGGGUGUGAGACAUCAUUCUUAUUGUCGAAAUUUGUCUACAGGAAAAGCUACUUAUCCACUAUUUAUAAAAAAAAAAAAAGAAGGAAGAAAUAUAGUGCAAACUUCAAAAAUUAAGUCAUAGAAAAAGGGAAAUGUAAGAUCAAUAUUAUUCUUGGAUGAGUAUUGAUAAUUGGAACAUCUUGUAAAUACAUCUAUGAGUGAAGAAGUGAUAAAGAUGUGAAUAGAAGAACUGAAGUGUAGAUUGUUAUUCCAAGGAGUGUUUAAACAUUUAAGUACUUGGCAUCAUUCUUAAAUACUUGAUAUAAGAAUUCAAAGUGUUUAAUGGUGCAUCAUUUCUAAUUAUAUUUUUUUUGUAUUGAAAUAUGAUGUUUGAGAUUUGUAAAAUUUUAUUUUCGUAAUUCCAUUGCUAAGGGACUAGCAAUGAUUUAAGUUGGGGGGUGUGAUAAGUCUUCAUUAUCAUGAGUUAAUAAUUAGUAAAUAAUAUAGUUUUAGCCUUAACUCAUGAUAAAUAGACUUAUAUUUGUGUUAAAGAAUGAUUUUUUGUUUUCAAUUGAUUAACGUGAAUUUUUGGGUAAUUAUGUGAUUUUAUACAAUUUUUACAGUCUUACUUUUGAGACAAAUCAAGAACAAGAAAUAAAAAUAAAAAUAUUGCAAAAAUGGGGGGACCCGCCGGCCAGCCGUGCUCGCAAGCAGCUCGGAAGCGCAGUCGGGGAGUAGCUGCGAGCAGGGGCUCAAGCGGCUUGGCUUGGGGACCGACUGACACGCGUACGCCACUCCCCUUCCACAUCACUAGUGGCCAGCCGGCUAUGGGGCAAGGAGUGGUCAUACACGUGAGAGAAGGGACUAACCCCCGUCACACCUUCCUCAAAAGAGGCGGGCGAUUGGCGUGGGUUCGAAUCCUUCCAGAGUCAAAAUUCAUAUAUUUUUAUUUGAUUAUUGCGACUUUCUUGCAGAUGGCUGGGGAAGGAUUAAGCAACGAGAAUCGCUGGAUCAUCGGCGAAAAUCUCAUCAACACGAUUCGCAAAGCAUUGCUACUAAAAUUGCUGAACGAUUCACGAUAAAAGGAUCGCGAAUCCAUUGAGUAAAUCAUCUCCGAUUGAUCGACGAACAAGCCGUCGUCAGGAAGAGGACGAUCCGCCGGGAGACCAGUCGCCACCUCCAGAGAGCGUACCAGAUGCGAUGAAGAGCCUCCUCUUGCUGCGCGGACCUAAGGAUGAAGCUCCUUAACACGCGCCCCACCUCCAUCCAGCGCCUCUCUGUCAGGUGACAGCCGCCGGAGAGCCGCAAAGUCGCCAUUUUUCCACUCCGCCGGGUGACAGCCACCGGAGACGAUUUGACGACUCACUUCAUUGAUCUUUAGACUUUGCGAGAAGAUCUAGAGAUUGCCCACGUUGUCUUUGUCCAAGGAGAGCCUUCGAGGCCGUGGGCAUUGCACAACGAUCCUCCCGAACGCUCACGAUUUCGGUGCAUCGCCGACGCAUCGUCGUCGCGACGCCGGAACUCUGUUUUCCUGCUUUCAAUUUAAUUUACGCUUCAUUUAGUGAUACUUUGUGUGAUUUUAAUUUACCAAACUAUAUUUCGUUCAAUUAUGAUUCUUCUGGCUUUUACAGAUCUUAAUUUGAUUAAUUAAGUCAUCUGUAAUCGCUUACGUAAGAAUCGCCGGGUGGAACUCUAUUUCUGCUGUUUGCUAGGAGCUGACAUCAUCCUGACGUCUGCACCCUUAUUUCCUUUUUUUCGUGAAUUUUAAAUAUAUUUUCUUUUUAUUUCCUAGUAUAAAAUUUGUAAGAAAAUCGUAUUCAUUGAGAAAAAUUCUGAAUAAUUACCAGAUAUUAUAUUACAUCCCUGUGAUCGACCUAGAAAAUUAUCGCUAUUUUUGGAAUUUUUAUUGAAUUAUAAUUGAUAUAUUUAUUUAGAAAUACUUCUAAAUAUCCGAAUAUUCGUAUUUUCUAGUUUUAUAAAUUUUAUAUUUGCGUGAUUUAUUGUACAACGACUGAGUCACGUCACACCCCUUAUUUUGCUUUAUUUGAUGAGAUUUAAUUUGUGGAGAUUAGGCAACAGAAUCAAGUUGAGGCACUAACACAUGACAUCAUCAAAUGAGGAGAUCAGAAGUUGUUAAGAACAUCCACACAAUCAUCAAUGGAUCUCAACAUUUAAGAAGAUCAUACUUAUUGAGCGAUUAGACUCUUGCCUAAUAUUUUCGUAGCCAAAAAGAUAGAAAUGCCCUCAUUUAAUCACAGUUCUACAAAUGUAUUCCCAUCCUCUCAUGUAAACCCUUACGCAUUUAAGCUGCUAUUUAGAGGCAAAAGAACGAACUUUGAAUGUCCCGACAUUUAGUCGGCUAAAUGAAACCAUAUUGAGGUUUUACAUCAAUCUAGACGUGUUAGAGUUGAUUUAAGCUUUGUUUUGUAGCUAAGAUCAUUAGGGAAGCAUACUCAAAGUGGAAACUAUCUAGCCUUUGUGAAAUAUAGAGGCCUGAGGUAAGUUCUCCAAGUCCAAUAUGUUUUGAGUGUGAACAACAAUCUAGCUUCUGUAGUUUUGAACAUAUAGAAAUAUAGUGUUAACUUUGUCUCACAAAUCGUUUGUGAGUGUUUUCCCCAUUUUUAGUUGUCAUCUACAUCGCUGAACCAUUGUUUCCCCCUUUUUUGACAGUGAAAAUUCUUCUUAUUUGUCAUCACCUCUCUUUUGAACUCGUUUGAUUUAAAUAGUAACUAAGUACAUCUAAUUCUCAUUCCUUGUCGAUCGACCUCGAGCUUACCACAAUAUUUACCUAUUUUAGUAUUUUUAUUUGAUACAUUUGUGAUUAUAAAUAUUUUUGAUCAACUAAUUUUGGGGCUUUCAAUGACCCUUGAUUUCGUUUUAUCAACUGACACCGUUCCUAGGGAAUGAGUGCCAUUAGACGUGAGUAGCUUUUUAAUUGAGUUAAAUUCCCAUUAUUAUUUAUUUUAAAGAACAAAUUUAUAGAAUAUCCAAUCAUUAAUAGGUCUGUUUUCAAAAAUUUUCAUAAUCUAUCAUUGAGAUAGUUAUAUAAAUCUUUACUGAAAUAGAAGUUUACAAUGUUCAUUGUAUUUCUUUAAAUAUUUUGAAUUGAUUUUUUUAUAUAUAGACUGAAUUUGUAUUUUUAAAUUUGAAGUAGUCAAGGUGAAAGUGUUUGGUAUACUUACUUUAUUCACUAUUUUAAUUUCCUGUAUUUCUUUCUUUUCUCUUUAUCAAUACUCACUGAGCCAUAUUCUAUGCAAGGUCACAUAUCCCUAAAACAACCAUUAGCGAUCCCUAAACAAGAUCAGACCAACACAUCUAGCUCAUACACUUUUGAAAACCCCAUACUAUAAGAAAAUCAAAUGGCCCAACAAAACCCAAACAAUGAGACAAUGAGGCUGAAAGACCAUUUUGUCCCUCUCCAAUACCGACCAAUAUAGGUGAGGGAGUGAAUUUUAGAGUAGAUCAUCAUAUUGUGCAAAUGCUACUAAAGUUUCAUGGAAUGAGUCAUGAGGAAUCAUACAAGCAUUUAGAAGAUUUUUUUUCAAGUAUGUGAGAUUUCUUAUUAUCCCAAUGUCCCACUAGAAGUGCUAAAAAUGAGAUUAUUUCUUUUUACCCUAAAAGACAAAGCAAAAGAGUGGCUCAGAACCCUAGCACAAGACUUAAAUUCAUGGGGUGAAAUGGAGACCACCUUCUUAAAGAAAUUUUAUUCUGUAGGGAGAAUUAAUAUUGUAAGGAAGUCAGUUAGAUAUUUUAAUCAAGGAUCAUAGGAAUCAUUUUAUGAGACUUGGGAGAAAUGAAAGAAUAUAGUAGACAAUGUUCUCACCAUGGGAUUCAAAUUGGCAGCUAGUUCAAAUAUUUUAUGAAGGAUUAGGAGAUAAAGAUAGACACAUGAUUGAUGCUGCUAGUGGUGGGACAUUUAUGAAUAAAUUUGAUGAUGAAGCCCUAGAUUUAAUUGAAAUGUUGGCUGAAAAUAGUACUCAUCAUAUAGUAUUAAAUCAAAACGGAAGGCAAAUAAGGCCUAGAAGAGGUGGAAUGAUUGAAACAAAAGCUGUUGAAUCCGAAAUAUUUUUAGAAAAAAUUGAUAAAGUGAUGAAAGAUGUAAAAUUUUUGAUGGACAAGUCAUCAACAGCUCCUGCUCAAGCUUUUGAACAGUCCAUGCAUGGCCCAGAUAUGACUGCAUGUACCCUUUGUUCUAGUUAUGAACAUGUAGAAAUAGAGUGUCCUAGAAUGAAGGGUUGAUGGCAAUGAAUGAUAGAGUCAGUCCCCCUCAACUUAUUGCUAGACACUCAUGGUCAGAAAGGACAUCUCAACCUCCUGUAUACAGAACACAAUAUAACAAAUACAACAACUAAAAUUAUAAAAGAGGAAAUGAUAACACCUAUCAACCAUCAUUUCCCAAAUUUCUAACAGCAAGGUCCCUUCCAGCCAAUCCUACGUCCACAAAAUUUUCAGUCCACUCAACCAACUCAUCCUGCUCAAAACAAAGCCACCUUGGCUACUAAUGAAUUGUUGAAGCAGAUGUUGCAGGAGCAAAAGGAGCAAAUGCAAGAGCUGAGGAUAGAAAUGGAAAAAAUGAAGAUGAUGGUGGGAGGGUAGUCACAACAAGGCUACACCACACACGAUAGAUAAAAACAUAAAAUGAUUAAAGUAGGGUUAGGUGACCAUGAAGUAGGUCAAUUUCUUACUCAACCUGUUUUAAAUCCUCCAAAUUUAUAUUUUUCUACAAAUAAGCAUUAUAUUCAUGAAGUAAAGAGUAAAGAACUUGAGUUAGAAACACUGCACAUUAUUUAAAGACUUAGGAAUGUAAAGGAUUUGCCUGAUCCAUAUGAACUGAGUGAAGAAAUAGAAGUUGAAAGAAAAAUCCAACAUAGAUAAAACUCAAGAAAAAGUAGAAGAGCUAGCAAAGGAUGAACCUAAUCCCGAGGGAUAUAAAUUGCUUGUUCCUUAAUGCUCUGAAAAUAUCAAAAAAAAACUCAACCAAUCUGAUUAUCAUUUGCUAGAACUGUUCAAACAAGUUAUAAUAAAUAUUCCAUUAGUUGAUGCCAUAGAACACAUACCAUACUAUGUUAAAUUUUUAAAAGGAUUAUGUACACCUAGUAGAAAACAAAAAUAGAUUUAAUUAUCUGAAAAUAUUAAUUCCAUAUUACUUAAUCACAUUCUUAAAAAGUGUAGGGAUCUAGGAGCACCCUUGAUUAAAUGCGAAAUAGGAGGUAUGAUUUCACCUGUUCAUUGUUUGAUUCAGGUGCAAGUGUCAAUAUUAUUUUCAAAAUUAUAUAUGAUAAAUUCAAAAUGGGUGAGUUACAACCUAUUUUCUUAGAACUGCAGCUAGCUGAUGGGUCAAGUAGAUAGUCAUAGUUCUUGAGUUAAAAUAUUAGAAGAUGUCAUAGUUAAAAUUGAAAACUGUUAUUUCUAGUAGAUUUUAUUAUUGUUUAUAUGAAGAUGACUGAAAAUAUCAAUCAUGCUCCUAUAAUCCUUGGUAGACCCUUCUUAGAAACAGUCAAAGCCAUAAUAGAUCGGGGAAAGAGGAUAGUAGAGUUAAAAUUUGGGUAA